AUGGAGGGUGGUAAAACUAUACCUAUAAAUCAGGAGUUGGCUUCAAAGCAAGAAAUCUUAAACAAAGCAGAACAUUUUGGGACUAGAAGACUUCAGAAAGAUGCUCUUCUGAAUCCUAAGUACAGAGAAGCUUGUAAAUAUAAGAGGAUAGAAAAGCAGUGUCAACACCCUGCUGGAGAGAGAUGCUACAGAUGCAAUGAAUGUGGGAAAAGCUUCACUCAGAGCUCAGUCCUCAUUCAGCAUCAGAGAAUCCACACUGGAGAGAAGCCAUAUAAAGGUGAAGAGUGUGGGCAGGCAUUCAACCAGAAAUCAGGCCUGAAUGAACAUCAGCGGAGCCAUACUGGAGAGAAACCUUAUCAAUGUAAAGAGUGUGGGAAAGCCUUCAGUGCCGACAAUGACCUCAUUAGACACAGAAGAAUUCACACAGGAGAAAAACCCUAUGAAUGUGAAGCCUGUGGGAAAGCUUUCCGCCUUAGCUCACAUCCUGUCCCGCAUCAGCAGAUACACACCAGAGAGAAGCGCUACCAGUGUAAUGAGUGAGGCAAAGUCUUCAUUGAGAAUGCGGAGCUUUUCCAGCAUCUCUGCAUCCACACUGCUGAGAAAUCUUGUUAGUGUAGUCAGUGCAGUAAAAACUUUAGUAGCUGGACACUCCGUAUGACUCACCAGAGAAGCCACACAGGAGAGAGACCUUACAAAUGUGAUGAGUGUGGGAAAGCCUUCAGUCAUCACUGGAACCUUAUUAGGCAUUUUAGAACACAUACUCUUGCUCAACUGGACUAAUUCUGUGGACUUGGCAGGCCCCUAAAUGGUGUCAUCUUAGAAAGCAUGACCUAUUUUAGUCUUAAGAAAUUUGUUUUGCUUUGGAAUGAAUCGCUUGUCUAAAAACCAGAUACUGGAUAGGUGCCUGUGGGUGUUCCAGACAGCCUUUGAAUUCCCUAUCCCUAGUUUAUCCCUAAUGAUCUCCCUUAAAGCAAACAAAUCUUGGAAUAAACUGGAACAGAGAAGCUG